AUGAUGCAACGCCUUGCCUCCUUGCUUUACCUAUCCAGUCUUCUGGUACUUGGCGAUGCCCUUAUAUCUCCAAAGAUUGGCAAUGGCUUUACUAGUACCAGUUCUCUUGGAAUGUCUACCACAGCCCCCGCCGCCUCUUCCCAAGGAAAAGCUACGAACUUGAAAUCCAUUCUCAAAAAGCCAAGCAAAGUAUUGACCGUGGGAGUGGAUUGCGAUGUUUCAAACAAAUCCGAUAUCUCUAUGCUAUCCAUGCAGCUUCGAAAGUCCAAGGUCUCUUCCAUUUGGUGUUCCAACCUUGAAGCCGUCAAGGAAUUCACUACCGAACAAAAAUCUUCCAAGGGAUCCUUUCCUGGGCCACUUCCUGUUAUUUAUACCGGGGAAGACCGUAGCGCUGCCGUAGAAAAUGGUGCAGCGGCUGUGGUGCUUUCUGCGGAAGAUGAUCUUUCUACCGCUGGUGAUGCCGAAGUGGUGUGGAAGGUAUCCAGUUUGGAGCAGGUGAAAAUGGUUCUACAGGCAACUUCGGACGCUGCAGAUGUCUUCUUGGUGGACGUGCCAAAUGAAGAAGACUUUGAAGCCAUCGUGGAAUCGCUACCAAAAACGUCUCUCUGUAUUGCAUCUGUCGACCCGAUGCAAACAGAUGGAGCUGAAAUUGCAAUUGGCAAGAAAUUGAAAAAAGUUGGAUAUGGAUCCAUCCUGGUUCGUUCCGCCAUUGUGGGAGAUGCCGAAGAUUUACCAUAUGCUCAGUUCGUGGUGGAUGGUUUCACCAGCAAGGCAUCUUCGGAGUUCAAAUUUACCGGUUUGACUGGGUCCACGAAUGGCCACUUUGGAGGAAUCCAAGCCAAUGGUAGUGUCAAAUGGCGCCGUACUAUGGAGCAAUGA